UUGUGCCUGAAGUGAGACGGAGAAGGGAGAAAUAGUCGAGUGAGGUUGAGCAAUGGAGUCGCUGGGGUUAUUAGAAGUGGAGGAUUGACAGACGGGAAACUCAAACCAAGCGUCACAUCCAGAUCUGACAGAGUCACUCGAUUCAUCAGGACCUGAAUAUCAUCAGCAUCUGAAUGUGGAAUGGAAAAAGCAUAUAUUGCCAGUCACCAGUUGCUUGUGGAAAAAAUGAUGUUUGAUCUUCUUGAACCGCUGCAGUCCAUGUGGUGAAGGUGCUCCCACAAUGCUGUUAGGAUAUUAGAAGGGGAGGAUUUGCAGUCAGGAAACUGAAAUCAAACAUCACAUCAGGAUCUGGCAAAGUUGUUCAAUUAAUUGUAACCUGAAUAUUACUGGAUUUCGAACAUGGAAGGAAAAAGCACCGUUCACGUUGGAGAGAAACCAUACACUUGUUCUGUCCUGUCGAGACACAAGCAGAGUCACACUGGGGAGAAGCUGUGGAAAUGUGGUGAUUGUGGGAAGGGAUUCAAUUAUCCAGUUAGGCUGGAAAUUCAUCGGCGCAUUCACACCUGGGAGAGGCCGUUUACCUGCCCCAAGUGUGGGAAGGGAUUCACUACCUCAUCCCAUCUGCUGACGCACCAGCGCACUCACACUGGGGAGAGACCGUUCAUCUGCUCCAAGUGUGGGAAGGGAUUUACUCAGUCAUCCAACCUGCUGACACACCAGCGGAUGCACACUGGAGAGAGGCCCUUCACCUGCUCCGAGUGUGGGAAGGGAUUCACCAUUUCAGCCCACCUGCUGAGACACCAGCGAGUUCACUCUGAAGAGAGACCUUUUAAAUGCCCAGACUGUGGGAAGUGCUAUAAAAGUUCUGGGGAACUGAUGUCCCAUCAACGUGUUCACACUGACGAGAGACCAUUCAGAUGCUCUCACUGUGGGACUGGGUUCAAGCAAUCAUCUGACCUCACUGUACACCAGCGCACUCACACUGGGGAGAAGCCAUUCUCAUGCUCCGUGUGUGGGAAGAGAUUCAAUCAGACAUGCACCCUUCUGCGACACCAGCAAGUUCACACUGGGGAGAGACCAUUCACCUGUUCCAUGUGUGGGAAGAGGUUUGGUCGGUCAUCCACACUGCUGAGACACCAGCAAGUUCACAAGUGGUUGUCAAUGGCGGUGCGGUUACCCAGCAUUCACCGAGAGGCAGAAUGUGCCAUAUCUGCACAACAGGCGAUCAUUGCACAGGCGCAGUGCUACAGCGACUGGAGCAUGCGCAGUGCGGGUGUUGGAUGUGGUCGGUCUGGUGUUGGAAUCCCAGGGAGGCAGAGACUGAUUGGAGGCAGCGGACACCAGCGAGGUCAUAGUGGGGAGAGGCCGUUCACCUGCCACAAGUGUGGGAAGGGAUUCACUCAAUCAUCAGGAUUGUUACAACACCAGCGAGUUCACACUGGGGAGAGGCCGUUCACCUGCUCCAAGUGUGGAAAGGGAUUCACUGAUUCAUCCACCCUGCUGAAACACCAGCGAGUCCACACUGACGAGAGACCUUUUAAAUGCACUGACUGUGAGAAGUGCUAUAAAAGUUCACUGAACCUGAUGCGUCAUCAACGUGUUCACACUGACGAGAGACCGUUCAGGUGCUCUCACUGCGGGACUGGGUUCCGGCAAUCAUCUGAACUCACUGUACACCAGCGAAUUCACACUGGGGAGAGGCCGUUCACCUGCUCUGAAUGUGGGAAGGGAUUCUCUCGAUCAUCAGGACUGUUACAACAUCAGCGAGUUCACACUGGGGAGAGGCCGUUCACCUGCUCCAAGUGUGGGAAGGGAUUCAGUGAUUCAUCCACCCUCAUUGUACACCAGCGAAUUCACACUGGGGAGAGGCCGUUCACCUGCCCCAAAUGUGGGAAGGGAUUCACUCAGUCAUCCACUCUGCAGAGACACCAGCGAGUUCACAGUGGG